AAAAAAGUCUGAACGACAUUCACCACUUCCGGUAAAAGCAAGAAGGAGAAAAUGAUUCAAACUGCAAUGGAAGUGGACGACACAGUGGGAUGUGUUGAGUGCCUGCUGAGUGGAGAACAGGAGAGAUGGAUGAGCUCCAUCGUAUGCUUGAAGAAUGGUGUAAUUGGGAACAAUAAGCAGAAAUGUACUGUGAUCAAUCAAGGUGUCAUCCCAAGACUUCUACAGUGGAUGAUAGAUGAUGAUGCUGAAGUGGGCCUGAGAACAGAGGCGGCCAUUGUACUGGGAAGUCUCGCCAAAGGCACGGAGGAAAAUAUCCAGCAUCUAGUGGACUCUGGCUGCGUCACUGUCCUCCUCAAAGGACUGUCAAAUAAUAACCUGAAGUUUGUAGAGGCUUGCUUAAGAUGUCUGCGUACAAUAUUCCUGUCCAACAACCCACCAGUUCAUCAUGUGUACCAGGACGCCACAGUGGUACCGCAUCUCAUCAACAUCAUGUCCAAGUCUGUGUGUACACAGGAGUGUAUCACCACUAUAUUUGCCAACUGUUGUCGAACAGUGGAACAUCAGAACGCACUGUGUAGGAAUGGUGCUAUACCAGCUAUGGCCCCUCUGCUCACUUCCAACGUGUACAAGGUACAGAUGCCCACCCUGAAGUGUUUUGCAGUUCUGUGCUAUCAAAAUGAAGAAGCUGCUAAAGCUACUGCAGCAGCCUCCUACAAUGGUGAAUCCAUAUCAUCCUUGCUGGUCAAGCUUCUGACCCGUGACAAGACGUCCGAAAUGCAGAUGGCUGCAGCCAAGUGUUUGACCUAUCUGUGUCGAGGGGGAGCUAUAACACCACAGAACCCUAUCAUCAUGUUAAAGACUAUGCCUACCCUGAUUCGUAUGUGUAAGAAAGAUCGGACAUUGGAGGAGAAUGUGGAGGGGGCAGAGACUCUGGCCUUCCUUAUUGAGGGCGACGCCCAACUCCAACUGGUGGCAUCGGUUUCAGAUCACAUAAUCAAGACGCUGGCCGAAUACAUUCGGUACACUGAUGUCCAACAAAUUAAUACACGUGCCAUGCACAAGAAGGCCCAAGAUACCAACUGGAGCAACGAAUUAAAACAAGCCGCUUUCAAGGCCUUUGCCUCAUUAGGGGCCAAUGAUGAGGAAAUCAGGAAAAAGAUAAUUGAGACAGAGAACCUGAUGGACCACAUUAUAGUGGGCGUGAGUAGCGAGGACAUGAAGGUGAAGGGUGCAGCCAUCCGUUGUCUACACAGCAUGUCGCGGUCAGUCCAGCAGCUUCGUACAACCUUCCAGGACCACUCAGUGUGGAAACCCCUCAUGUCGAUCAUGCAGCACUGCCCGGAACACCUGGUGGGUGUGGCCUCCUCAACAAUGUGUAACCUUCUGCUCGAGUUCUCACCUGGCAAGGAAUCCAUACUAGAGUCUGGAGCUAUUGACAUCCUAGUGGGACUUACUUCCCGAGUGGAGCCGGAGCUACGCCUCAACGGAAUCUGGGGACUCAUGAACAUGGCGUUCCAAGCUGAACACAAGGUGAAGACACAGAUCAUUGAGACGGUGGGAAUAGAACAGUUGUUCAGGCUUCUGUCGGACCAAGAUCCCAACAUUCUAAUGAAGACGCUGGGACUCAUACGCAACCUCCUCUCAAAUAAACCACAUAUAGACAGUUUAAUGAGUGUGUACGGUAACCAGAUCAUGCAGGCAGCCGUCUUUAUACUGGAAGGGGAUCACACUGCAGAUAUCAAAGAACAGACCCUGUGCAUUCUAACAAAUGUUGCUGACGGUGACCAAGCCAGGGACUACAUCAUUGGGAAUGAGGAUGUCCUUAAGAAACUUACUACAUACAUGGUCCAUACCAAUGUGAAACUCCAAAUAGCAGCAACCACAUGUAUAUCUAACCUUGUGUGGAAUGAAGAGGAAGGUGCCUACAAACGUCAACAGAAGCUCCGAGAUCUUGGUGUUCUGAAAUUAUUACAACAACUCCUCAACACACCUGACGCAACACUUUUUGAAAAAGUUAAAACAACGCUACACCAGUUCACAUGACUAGGGCUCAGCGUGUAUGAGGAGGUCUACAUCUGAGUACCGGAGUUAUUACAAUUAAAUACAACAGUGACAAAUGUAGUGUUAAUUCACUAAAAGUGUCAAUAAGUAUGAUAACAGAAAUUGUACUACACUUUGCUAGACAUAAGCUUGGAAUUACAUUGUACAUUUUGAAAGAAUAGCUUUAUAAAAGAAGUGCUAAUUUAAAUUUAUGUGUACAAAUUGCUACUGGAAAAUGUGAUCUUCAGAUAAAAUCUGUAAUCUGUAAAUUUUUAUAUUAGAAUUCUGUGGAUGUUUUUAACGACCUGCCAAAUUGACACGGUAUGCUUUCUGUUGUCACUGUGGUUUAUUAACACUAACUAUCUGUAUAACUGUACAUUUUACAUUUAUGAAGUACUACUACAUAUCUUUGUACUAAGACCACAGCUGUUAAAUCGGCUUAAUUAAGAAAUUUUGUUGUGACUUUAAAUUGUACAAAAUCAAGUGUUUCAUCAAUAAUAAAUGAUUUUAACAAGCUAAUUGAUUAAAUGAAUUACUUUCAGAAAAAACAGUUAUAGACCUUAAAUAUAUUUAUAUAUAUAGAAGGUGAAAGUUGAAUUUUUUUUUUCAAUACACAAGUCAUAGAUUUAAACACAAGAUUGUACAUAUAAAAGUUUGAUUGUACAUUGUAAUAAUAUUUUAUUUAUUUUUCCCAAUUUAGCCCCUGAUGGGAGAAUGUAUUUGAUUUUUAGGAAGGCUGUGCCAUUCCCCUAGAAUCUUUUAAAACCUUGCUUCUAAUACAAACGUAAAAACAUUUCCAUACUAACAAGUGCUACAUGAUUAUUAUUCAUGAUUUUCCAAUUAUUUUAUAUUGUUAUCUGUAAAAUGAUGGUCCGGUCUAUUGUAUUGACCUUUGUUAGGUACAUAUACUAACGAAGAAAACGUUAUUGAUAAUUUGAGCUUACUUAGAACAAAGUACCUGAGCGUUUUUGCCAGGGCGCAGUGCUUGUUUGUCAAGUUUUAACAACAUGAUGCAAUGUAGCUUGUUGCUGCAAGGAAGGGCUAUCAAGUUUGUUCAAAUAAAUUAUCUUAACCCACUUUUCAGUCACAGGAAUCAUAAUUGUUAAAAAUUGCUUUUUUUUUCUAGUUACAUUUGUAUCUAACCAGUGGCUAAGAGUAAUAAUACAUUUAUUUGACCUAUAGAUGUAAAGGGUUAGGACUUGAGGCAGUCAAAUUUGUUGAAAUGUAGGACUUUGAUAAUCAUUCAAGUUGCAGAGAUCAAAUGCUUUAAAAUCUGCAAAUCAGAUUUUUUUUCAAUUUAUCCUUUUUAAUACUUUGAGAACUCCAUUUGGUAUUUGGUGUGUAGUUAUACUGAGAUGAUUGGCCUAAAAACUUUUCAAAUAAAGAAUCUUGCUUGACCAACUUAUAGGUCACAGGUUGAAUGUGUUGAAAACUACAUGAUUUGUAUAUUCUUCUCAGAAAUAAUGAUUUUGAUAUUUGCACUGUAGCUUGCAAAUUUGCAAAUACAUCACCUGGUCAUGAUUCAAGCUCACAGGGAUAAGAAAAUAUCAUAUUUGUAUACAAAAAUGUUAAUAAAAAAAGAUGAAAUAAGAAAGAUUGUAUACAAUUCUAAUGGAAUAAAUACCAAAUAAUAUCAAUUCUGUAUAUUUAAAAUUACUGUUAACAGAAUCAGUGAGUUUUCAUGGCAAGAUUAUUUUCUUGAUAUGACAGUCACAAUAUUUUAUAUAUUGUGGGGGAAAAGUCAUUGGAUGGUUUUGAAACUUCGGUACGUUGUGUCAAAAAAUGAGUAGUUAUACGUACAUAAUCCAAUCUAAUGGAUCUUAUUGAAGAUAUUCAUUGUGUACCUGUUUCUGGUACCUAAAUGUACAAAUUGUACCUUGUUGUUCAUAGUUUCCACAAAUCCUAAAGAUCAGCCCCCUUUGACGUUUGUAAGCAACGUUAUCUUGCUUUGUGUUAUGAACUAUAAAACGACAAAAUCAAAUAUGAAGGGUAACAGUAUCAUCUUGUUCGGAUACUUUUCAAAAUCCCAUCUUGACGAGUUUAAGGUUGUUACCAGGUAUGACCUUCCAUACAUGGAUAUAGGAUGAAUCAAAUUUAAAACUGUUUGUGCAAAGAUUAUAAGUUCAGACUUGAAUGUUGGCUUACUCCAAGUGAAAAAACUUUUGAAUAUUUCAAUAUUAUGAUUAUUUGGCUUUAUAGUUAGUUUAACUUGGGCCUGGAUAUCACGAAACUGUCUUUACUUUGUUAUUUUUUUGUGUUGUCUUAUAUAUUGAUCCUGAAUAAAAUAUUCUAAAUGUGAAA